AUUCUUCAGCCAGAUCAGCCUCCAUUCCUCUAGGACAUUGCUUUAUCAAAACUUCACAACAACUCCAUAAGGGCGAGAAAAUGACACUCGGUUACAAUACAUCAGACCACAAUAUAACACUGUGGUUCUAUGAAUGUACCGUCCAGCUGGACAUGGAAUCUCGGCGCAUCGCGCUGUUCCUGCUCUACCUGUUCUUGUUCAUGGUUGGUUUGAUCGAGAACUGCCUGGUGGUUUGGGUAAACUGGCGCCGGCGACACUCGGCCAGCGGUGUGCUCUUCUGUGUUAUCAACAUCAGUCUGUCUGACCUAAUGGUGGUUUUAACCAUGCCUUUCUUCAUGCUGGAGGCCGCAAUGGGCGAGGUUUGGAUUUGGGGAAGAUCCUUGUGCAAGGUUACGCAUCUCAUCUACGUCAUCAACUUCUACAGCAGCUCCUUCUUCCUGGCCUUCACGACUCUGGAGAGGUACCUUAGCUUGACACGACCGACUACGCCCGCCUGCUUUCCGCUGCAGCCCAGGCACCGGAGAUGGCUGCUUUGUGCUGGAUUGUGGCUUCUGUCCUUGGUGCUGGCAGUGUUUGAAAACAUACACGUGGACCUGCUUGAGUGGGACGAACCUGGCUGCUACAUGAUGCCUGAGAAUGACUUCACUGAGUGGUUUCUGUCGCUUUCCUUCUUCUCCUUUAUCUUCCAGUUUUUGGGUCCUGCAUCUGUCAUCAUCACCUGUAACAUCCUGAUUGCGCGGGCCGUGCGUGCCUCUCCAGAUGUGCAGAAGCGCAGAGACAUUUGGCUAUUGCAUGUGUAUUCGCUCGUCUUUGUAACCUGCUGGCUUCCCUACCAUCUUGUAAUGUUCCUGGUGAUGCUGAGCAUGCUGGACCAUCAUCUGUUGUCCUGCAAUGCUAUAGAGGGGCUGUUGUUUUCUUUGAACAUUGUACAGUGCCUAUCGCUCUUCCAUUGCAUCGCCAACCCCAUUCUAUAUAACUUCCUGAGCAAGAGUUUUCGCACCAACCUUGUCAACAAUAUCCUUUCCACGUCAACGUUCAGCAGUGUUACCAAGGCAGCCGAUGGCGUAGGGACGUCACCGCAGAAGGAACAAAAGCUCAGCAAUGCCAGCACCAGUCACUCCGAGAUUGGAUCAUAAUAUGGGAGGUUCCCAUCAGAUCCUAAUGAGGUCUCCUGAGAGAGCAGGGGGAGCAGCAGAUUUCGGAGCAAUACCUAAUUUGGAGCAUCAAAAUGUCAUCAGAAUAAUUUUCAUUCGUGUUUUCGCACCUGCACAAAGGACUAGGGCACUAUUUCAGAACUACUCACAUUUUUCUCAUUAAGAAAAGGGUUCUGGUCUCAUUUUGCCUUCUAAUAUAUUGCAAAUUUCUAAGUGCAGGAACUAAUAGCCAAGAACGUUUUAAGACACAAAAUUUAUAUAUAUAUUUUUUUUCCAUUUUUUUUAUUGAUUGUAAUAAAAAUGGCCCAGUGGAGUGAAACGUCAGUGUAAAGAAAGGUUAGGGGUUCCUGUUAGUAGUUUUAAAACAGGAAGGAAAUAAUCUCCCUGCAUCCUACUCCACAGGAAGCGAUGGCAUUACUACUGAGGAACAUGCCACAGAUCAAAGGAACUCUAGCAAGCAAAGAAUAUCAAAACUAGUAACUCAGCUUCACUAAUAAAUGUAUCCCUUUUUUUUGAAGAUACUAAAGAACUGAAAAGGACAUCACUAAAACACCUGAAUGUGCAACUUUAUUCAAAAAAAUACAGCAGAACAAAAUUAAACACUUAUAUUUAAAUGUAUAUUCGUUUUAUAUAUAUAAAAAGCUAUAAAUAAUACCAGUACUUGUAGAGAUUAAAUGAUAUGAUAAAGAACAAGGUUUUCACUUUUAAUAUUACACAUUGUCAAAUUCUUCUUGUUUGGGCUCUUUUCACUAUUGUGUGUGUGUGUGUGUGUGUGUGUGUGUGUGUGUAUGUGUGUGUGUGAGGGGCUGCUUAAUAUAGCAUACUUUUGUGUGUAGACAGCACAUCAAACUAGAACAGCUGGACACAUGCCUGUCACAACCAUACAGUAUGUGCUUAAAAAUCACACAAUAGAUUCCUCCUUUAGAGUUUAUUAUAACCUCUAGUGGAUUUGACAAAGAACAUUAAUCAGUUUUGAUUAAUUAGACACUGAUUCACCAAUCAGCCAUAACAUUAAAUCUAUUCACAUUAAAACUAUUCACAUUCACUUUUCUGCCACCAGGGAGGUUCUGGCCUUUCCGGGUGUGGCUUAACAGAUCCUUUAUGGGUGUGGCUUAACAGAUCCUCUAUGGGUGUGGCUUAACAGAUCCUCUAUGGGUGUGGCUUAACAGAUCCUCUAUGGGUGUGGCUUAACAGAUCCUUUAUGGUGUGGCUUAACAGAUCCUCUAUGGGUGUGGCUUAACAGAUCCUCUAUGGGUGUGGCUUAACAGAUCCUUUAUGGUGUGGCUUAACAGAUCCUCUAUGGGUGUGGCUUAACAGAUACUCUAUGAGCUUUUGAGGGUGUGCUGUAGUGUCUUGCACCAGGAUGUUGACAGUGGAUCCUUUGGGUGCUGUGAGUUGCAGGGUGAGGACUUGUUUGUCCAGUUCAUCCCAUGGCUGCUCCAUCUGAUUGAGAUGUGAAGAGUUUGAAGUCAACUCCCUUGAACUCUUUGCCUGUUAAGCCAAGAGCAUGGCAGCCUUUAAUGUGCUGGGUGUUCUGAUACCUCAUAGACUUUUUUCGAUGGUUUGUCAAUCCUGUCACCAGUUUACUGGUAUAUAAGUGAUAAUCAAUAUUAUUCAGUUCACCUGGCGGGUUGGUGUAUACAUACUACAUAUGUAUCUCAUACAUAAACAAGACCAAUUUCAUAUAUGCACCAGUAUACAGCAAUAUAUUUUAUGUAUGUUGAAAAUUCAUACCAGUCAAAAAUUUGGGCACACCUUGUCUUAGCUGAUUUUUUUUUCUUUUCUACACUGUUAAAAUAAUCCUAAGAGCGUCCAAAAUAUGCAAUAAUCUCAAUCUGAACAAUUAAUACUGAGAUGUAUCUGCUACUUUUGCUCUGUAAAGCCUUCAUAACGGCUUUAAUCCGAGGUGCUGGUUGUUAAUUGCUGACUUCGGAGGCUGGUAACUUUAAAUGAACUUCUCCUUUAAGGCAUAAUUAUGUUUUGGUCUUGGUCUUUUGGGAUGGUCUUCAUGAGAGCCAGUUUCAUCAUGGUGCUUAAUGGGUUUUGCAAAUGCACUGGACAAUACUGUUCUCACAAGAACUAUUUUUUGAACAGCUGACCUUUGGCCGUCUGUUGUCUAAAGUAACAAUGAACUGUUGUUGUUCUACUUACUUACAUAAUGCAAUAUGUAUUAUGUCAUUGUUUUUUUUAAAUAUAAUUAUUUUUUGUUUUUUUUCCAAUUUUCUCCCUAAUUUAGUCGUGGCCAAUUCCUAGGGGGCUCCCACAUUAAGGCUACUACUACCACUCAGUCGGGAGGGCGAAGACUAUCCCGUGUUUCCUCCGAACUGCGUGACGUCAGAUGACCGCAUCUUUUCAAACUGCUUGCUCACGCACCAUUAGGGGUGGAGUAACACACUCAGAGGAAAGCGCUAACCGCCUUCCGCGUGCGUGAGCUCAUAGAUGCCCCUGAUUGGCUGUAGAGCCGUGAUUAAUGUGGGAGCGCAAGUACCUCUUAUCCCUGACCCCCCUGAGAGAGCUCAGCCAAUCAGCUCUCUCUGUGCCUCUGGCUGUGAGAGGUUACAGCAUCACCUGGGGUUCGAACCAGCAAUCUCCGAAUGAUAGGGCGAGGGCUUUACCACUGCGCCACUUAUGUCACUGAUUAAAAAAAAAUAAAUGAAUAAAAAAAAAAUACAGUAUUGUUCUAGUUAUGUAAAAAAAUAAAUCAAUAAACAAAAAACAUUAAGGUUAGAAGGUGUGUCCCAAUGUUUGACUGAUACUGUAUUUCCAUAUGUGAGUCCUGGCAUGGGAGUUAAAAUUGAUCUUAAAUGUUGUUCAGUGGGGUUGAGAUCAGAGCUCUGUGCAGGACACAAACAUUCCUCCACUCACUAUGUGACAGUAUACAGUGACAUCCUAUGCAGUUAUGUGCUCUCAUUUUUGUGGUAUGUUUGGGGAAGAAAUAUACAGUAUAUGAGUGUCCUGCUGAGCUGUCUACACUAUAUGGUCUGUUGGCCGUCUGUUGUCUAUAUAAAAAAAACGAGAACACAAUUAUUGAUUUCCGGUUGAACUGAGUUGAGAAAGGCAUCCAGUCCAUUGCUGCUUUUCUGUAAAGAAAAUGACAAGUAACAUCUGAGAGGUCAGUGGUGUAGCCAAUAUGAAUAUAAUCAUGUCAGACGUUAAAUAAAAAACAUCAGAGCUAACAUAAGAUACUACAUAUAAACACUAGUAUACGUUAGCUACUACCAUAAUUCUAAAAAAAAUAUGACUAAUUUCCCCCAAACUAUGAAAAAAUUAAAAUAAAACACUUACAAAUGCAGAGUUGUCUCCUUAAAAAUAAAACUUUACAUGACAUAAUGUAUGUACAGUAGCCUAUUGUGUUUCAAUAAAAAAACUUGAGUAUGAUUUUGUCUGAAAUACUGUACACACCUCAGCAAACACCAUUGGAUUCGAACUGUAAAGUCUUCUUCAUAUACUGUAUUUAAAAAAAAAAACAAUAAAAUAAAGAAUGUAUGUUCUGUAAAGAAAAAUAAAAUAAUGCUUACCCUUUG